AAAAAAUCGGUUUAUUUAGAUCAACCCAAGUACGAGAGAAGGACCUUCCGAGCUAGCUAGAGGGUUUGACGAUUAACUGAAAGCGAUAUUAUCCGUCGUGAUCUUCAAUCGGAAUCUGCCGGCGAUAUCCAAAUUCGGCGUAAUCCAAUCCGAACCCCGAAUCGGAGACGACGACGACGACGACGAUACAGUACUAAACUAUGCAGAUACUGAGGUGCCCACACAGUUUCAUUCAGCUUCUGCUCAUCUCCGCUUUGGUGAUUGGAUUUGAGGGGGCUGGGUCUGUACCCGUUCCGGAUUCGAACUGCUACGCUCUCGACAAUUCAAGCCGUCUUGUCGAUUUUAGUAGCUGGAUUGGUCAUCCGUUUGAAUAUGAUGGCAAGGAGUUCGAUUUGGUGGUUAGAUUUUGCAAGGAUGUUGAAACAAGAGGGCAGGCGGGUUAUGUUGAUUUUGGACGAUUUGACCCGUUGAGCUACUUUGUUUCUAGCUCUGGAAAGUUCGAUUUUGCUCAGGGGUUCUACCACGGUGACUUGACGAAUUGCGAGCAUAGUUAUGACAAACUUGGACGUACAGCACAGGUCAAUAUUAUUUGUGGGAACUGUGUUGAUGGACGCUGUAAAGGUGGACUUGGAUGCAUUUGUAGUGUCACUCAAGAUUCAACUUGCAGAGUUACUGUCGAGUUGGCUAUUCCGUGUGAGAAACCUGGCCCUCGUGUCUUUAAGGGAUUCACGGUUGGUUUGCAUCCUCGCUCAUGGGAACUUAUUUAUAAUGGGAUGACACAGUUUGGAUUUGACAAACCUCGUCGUGAAUUUAGCUUCAAGACCGAGCAGACUCAUCUUACACUCUACAUGACUGCAAUUGCUUCUCUCUCAACAUUGGUAGGGAAGCCUAUCGUCAAGGUUUCCCCGGAGACUGGUCUUAACGUCAAGAUAUCUGGUUCUUCCUUGACUGGGAAUCAUCCAACAACUUUAUCUCCUUCAACUUUAGUACUGGACUGGAACUGUGAAAAAUCUCGUAGGAGUCCAUAUGAAGUGAAUGUCACCAUCCCAGUGGAUGGUUACGAUCCUGUUCAGUUUUUCCUCACAAAACUCUGUGAAUACAACCAAGGUGCUGAAGGAGGAUCAGCGAAAGGAUGGGCUAUAUUCGGAGUUUUUUCCUGCGUAUCCCUCGUUGCAUUUACACUUUUCUGCUGUGGAGGAUUUAUCUACAAGACAAGAGUAGAACGCGUGCGUGGGAUUGAUGCAUUGCCAGGCAUGUCACUUCUAUCAGGCUUACUAGAAACUGCGAGUGGAGGUGGACAAAGCUACUCAAGAACUGAAGAGAUCAACAACGCUUUUGCCAAUGAAGUCUCAUGGGACCGCUCUUCCACGUCUUCUACUCAAGCACCAACGCAGAGACCAAGUGAAAGGACAUAUGGUGCUAUCUAACUUGCUAAUCGCCUUUGCCAGAAGUUCUGUCUCAGUCAAUGGUAUGAUUCAUGUGUUGUGGUAGAUGACGACAAACAAAGUUUCCUUUCUUUGCUUUGGUUACAAAGAACUAGAGCGUGUUCACAAGUCAAUAAAGAUUGACACUUUUUUGUUGUCAAAGGAGUAGUUAGAAUCUCUUCCUACUCUCUUCUCUUUCUCACUACGUAAAAGUCUUGGCCGCUGUCUCUUCGAACAUAGUUUUAUGUAUGUGUAUUACCAAGUCAUUUGCAAAAGUAAAAAUAUUAUUUCUUUUCGACU